GUUCCCUCCAGACAGCUGAUGUGUGGCCCGGGGCGGGGCCCCUGGGUUUAAAGAGCGGAACCCACCCAGGCUGUCCUCGGACUUGCUCUCUGAACACUGCACCACUCACCUUGCUCAAGUGAUCUCCAGGCCUGCAGCCUUGCCCUGUGUCCUGACAUGGCGGGAAUAAGCUGUGCCUUUCUCCUGGUGCUAGCAGGUCUGCCUGUCUCAGAAGCCAAUGACCUAAUUGAUAAAGACAGUCCCUUCUAUUAUGACUGGGAGAGCCUGCAACUGGGUGGAAUGAUCUUUGGAGGGCUCCUGUGCAUCGCUGGAAUUGCCCUAGCACUGAGUGGCAAGUGCAAAUGUAGGCGCAGGCAUAAGCCCAGUUCCUUACCUGGGAAAGCCACUCCACUCAUCACUCCAGCCUCUGCCAGUACCUGCUGAACUGAACACAGGACCAAGCUGGAGGCAGCUCUUGCCAGCCUCCUGCUCUUCUUCCCCUCUGGAGACUUUCCUCUUCAGGAUGGCCUCUCUAGAGCAUAAUGUUAAGUCUUCAGAGAUAAUGGUGUCCAAAGCUUAUUUUAUAUUAAACUGGUCUUGCUGCUCCUUUC